AUGGGUGCUCUGGUGGGAUGGGGAAGCAAAAGGCAGUCAAGUGUGUUUCUGUCAACCGGUGAAGCUGAGUACAUUGCACUUAGUCUGGAGAUUCAAGAAGGCAAGUGGGUGCAUCGAUUGCUGUGCGAGAUUCUGGAUGCCGCAGAGGUCAAAUCUGGUCCCGAGCUCAAGAUCAUGGAAGACAACCAAUCGUGCAUCAAGAUGCCGAAGAAUCCUGUGAACCAUGGUCGGGCCAAGCACAUCGACAUCAAGUACCAUCACAUUCGUCAUGAAGUCAAGCGUGGUGAUGUAAAGUUGGAGUACUGUGAGACUGCGAUGAUGUUGGCGGACAUCAUGACGAAGGGGCUGCCAGGACCGCGUCACAAGGACUUGACGACAGCGCUUGGCGUACAAGCGUGUUCUCAUUGA